AUGACAACAGCAAAACCAAAAGAUGCAAUUGUAAUAGGGAUUCAAAAAUGAAUCAGAGGAACUUUAACCCGAAAAUCUUUGUGUGUAGCUAUGCCCGAGUAUUCAGCGUUCGUUUUUCGACAAAGAAAUAGAAAAAACAUAAAACAAGGAAAUAUAUAUGAUUCUAAUCUUAUUUCAGACGAUUUUGUAAAUGAAUUAAAAAAGCAUAAAUUAACAUACACAAAACCUCAGGAUUUAUCACAAAAAGAUACUCAGCCGAAAUCUCAAGUGCUUAUUGAAGAAACAGAAAAAAAAUCAGAUAAAAGUGCUGGAAAAAACCUCGAAAAAGAUGAGCAGCUGGAUAUUAAACCUACCAACGAAAUCGAAGCUAUUAAUCAAAUAGAUAAGGAAGAUGUAAAUGCUAAUAUAAAUGAAAAUAUUAAGCAAAUUGAUAAAGAAACCAAAAAUGCUACAUCUGAAAAUCCUGAGAUUGAGGAUAAGAAUAAGGAAGCUAUUGAAAACAGUAAAGUGCAAAGCGAAGAGUUUCAAAAUUUGGAUAAAGCAAAUGAAAUUGAUGAAAAUUCUUCUAAAAUUGUCGAUAAAAAAGCUGAGCUAAGUCAGAACACUCCAAAAAAUGGCAAUCAAGAGGAAGUUGUAAGUCCUGAGCUCAGCAAAGAUUUGAGUAUUGAUAAAAAUAAUACCUCACGUGAUAAAGAGCAUUUUGAUCAUAAAGAAAUUUUUGGAAGUGACUUAGAAAGAAUUUAUAAUUAAAAUAUGGCGUCUUCGUCUGGGCAUGGCCGGGAGGCCAUGCAGCCUCGACACAUAUUUUAAUUAUAUCCCGCAAGGUUUUUCCAACCUUGAAAUGGACGGCAAUGCUAGGUAAGCAACUCUGCAGGAGCGCAAAGCCUAGCCCAGGUCUAUUUUCGAGCUUGGUUUUUCCUCGAAGGAAAGGAGGGUUUAGAUUUGGAAAGGGCAAUCCCAGCAAGGUCUACAUGGAACACCCAGACCAAUCGGGCAGCUGCCUAGCGUGAAACUGGAAGUUUAGCCCCAGGAUCUGAAUUUUUCCUUUUUGCCGAGAGGUCACAGAAAUUCCAUUUUUUGGAAUUUUUGGGACGGCAACUUCGUAUUCUACAGCCUCAGGAAGCUGCACAAACCCGCAGACUACCUACUCAACACUGGAGCCCACAAAGCAAGGAGGAGACCUUAUGGUCGCAAAGCAGUUGAAUCUCCUAGGAGAUCCUCGGUGAUUUUGUUGAAAUUAAAGGCUCGCGCCUGUCUAUCUAAUGUAAUGUAAUAACUUAGAAGGAAUUAGUGAUAUUGAGAAAGCAGAAUCAUUAACUCAUGACAAUUUGCAUGGCCAAAAUGAAAAUGCCGUAGAAGGAAUCAAAAACACUGAAGAAAAUUCGAUCAUUUCUAGAAAGGAGUCUCCAAAAAGUAUAGAAAAUAAUGAAAAUAUACUUAAAAACGGGGAUGAGGAUAAAAUUUUCGAAAAUAAAGAUGCUGGGAAAAAUGGAAAUCUUGAUAAAGCAAAUGGAGAAGCUGUAAAUGUCGAAAUUAAAGAUCAGAAUGAGCUAAUUAUCCAUAAGAAUAUAGAAGAGCAACAUAAAAUAGAUGAAAUGAAGGAAAUUGAUGCAAAAGAAGUUGAAAAUAUAACAAAUGAAAAUUCCCAAGAAGAAGCUCAAGCAAAUCCUGAAGCAGUCCAGCACCAGGUAGACAAAAUUGAAAAAAUUAAUGGAGCUCACGAAGAACCAAGAAUUGAAAAUGAAGUAGCUUUAUUGGAAGCUAAAGCUGAGUUUAAUAUAAAAUCUGGAGAUAUAAUUAAAGACAAUGAUCUUAAGCUCAAUGAAAAAGCAGCAGAAGCAGGAAAAACGGAAAUAGAAGAAAAAGAAAAAGUAGACAAAAAGGAAGAAGUAAAAGAAAAGAAAAAAGAAGAAGAAGAAGGAGAAGGAGAAAAGAAAGAAAAUGAAGAAAAAAAAGAGAAAGAAAAUGAAGAGAAAGAAGAGAAAGAAAAAGAAAAAGAGAAAGAAAAAGAAAAAGAAGCAGAGAAAGAAACAGAGAAAGAGAUAGAGAAAGAAGAAGAAGAGAAAGAUGAAGAGAAAAAAGAAGGGAAAGAAGAAAAGAAAGAAGAAAAGAAAGAAGAAGAAAUUCAAGAUAAAACAAAUUAUAUAAUUCCAGAUGUAAAGUCAAGCAAGCAAGAAAUAGUUAAAGAAACAACAAAAAUCCAAAAUAUCACCACAGAAUUACCAAGUAAAAUUCUGAAUGAAGCUAGCGAGAAUAAAGUGGAAAAUGCAAAUGGGAUCCUUAAUGAUAUUGAAGGAAAAAAGACAGAAUUUAACAGCAAAGAAGUAAGAGUCGUAAAUUCAGUUACAGAGGAUGAAAAUAAAGGAGACUCAGAUAUCAAAAAAAAGAACACUCUUAAAAAAGAAGAUCUAGCAAUUAAGAGCGAGUCUGAAAAGAAUAUAGAAAAAAAUAGCAAUUCUCUUUCUAAAACAAAAUUAGGUAAUGGCGAAGAGACAAAUAGCAUUUAUGAGCAGGCACAAGCUCCAAGAGAAGCAGAAGAGGAAAAAUUAAAGAAAAAGCAAACAAACAUUAUUGAAGACAAAAUCUAUGAAAAUAACACUAAUAGUACUGAAACAAAUGCAAAAGCGGCUUUAGAAGAAAAGAAACAUGGGAAUGAGCAAAUCAGCAAAGUUGAAAUACCAAAUUUAAAGAGUGAAAAUAAAAAUCCAAAUGGAGAAAUAAAUAAAAAAGAAGAGGAAACGAGAAAUGCUUUUAACCUUAAUGGUAGUGAGCGUCAGUUAGAAACUAAUAAAGAAAACGAAAACCCUAAAGCACAAGAAAAAGAUGUAGAAAUUGAUAGUAAUGAGAAUUUUACUAAAAAAAAGGAAAAGAUAGAAAAUCAUAGUGAAACUCUUCCAAAAAUAAGCGGCCCAGGAGUUCAAUUACAAAAAAAUAGUUCAAAGCCAUCUAUUGAGCAUCCAGAAGUAGAAGAAUCAUUAUCAAGCAAUAUAAAACUUCAAGAAAAAGAAAAUGGACCAAGAGAAACUUCAGACAUGCCAAUAAGUGAUCAAUCAAAAGAAGAAAUUCAUCAUUUCUCGAAGAAGACAGAAGAAGAAAUUAAGGAUCAAGCCCCAAAUAAUAAUAUCACCAAAGAUUUAGCAAUAAAGGAGAUAGAUGCUUUAAAAUAUUCAAAGAACAUAUCAGAUAACCCUAAGCUCACAGAAUCUAACAAAAAUCAAGAAAUUCCCAUUCAAAAUACUCUUGAAACAAAUUCUAAAGAAGAUAAUCAAGUGAAGGAUAAGCAAGAAAUAUCGAAAACCCCAAAGGAAAAUCCUGAUAGACAAAUAAACAGCAAACCAAUCCACUCACAUAAAACUUCUUUAACAAAUUCAAUUGAUCAAAAUUCAGAUUCCUUAAGAAAAAAUAGUGGCACUCCAAAAGUAGCACAAAGCGAGGUUAAAGAAAAUAAAAAAGAAACGAUUGCUUUGACUAAUAAAGAGGCAGAUAUCCCCAAUAACUCUGAAAUAGAAACUAAAAACAGAAUACUGCCAGCUUUAAAAUUCAAAGAGCUUGAAAUUAAAAACACUCCUGAGUUAAAUGCAAGUGAAAAGCCUCAAAAAGAUUUAAAAAAAGUUGAAAGCCCAAAACUUCCAAAAUUAAGCAUAGAAAAAUCAAAUACUAUUGAAAAAGCAUCACUGCCUGAUAGUAAAAAUAAUUCUAACUCCCCCUUCUCCGUGAAUGAGCAAAACCAUUGGAAAAAUCGCUAUUUUUUGCCCAAAAGCCCACCCUCCGUGAGUGAAAAAAAAUUUUUUAAUAGAAAAGAAUUUUUAUGAAAAAAAAAUUGACAUAUAUAGUGAUAUUUAGUAUAAUGAAAUCUCUUGCUAAUUCUGUUUAAUUUUAAAACAAAUUGCGUUUUAAAAACAUAAAUUUUAUAAAUUAAGUUAAUAUUUGCUUCCCAAUUUUUGCAAAUUAGGAUUUUUUCAAAAUUUCGAAGAAAAAAAAAAUUAACCACCCUCGUAAGUGAACAAAAUUUUUUUGUUCACUCAUGGAGGGGGUGUAAGAGCAUUAGAGAAAAAGCAAACGAAGCAGAAAAGCCAGAAAUUGGAAGUCCACCCAGCGAAAGAAGAAAUAAAAAUGCAGAACAGCAGCAAAUAAAUAUUACUGACAAGAAUAAAUAUUCGGAAGAGAAAAAGAAAUCAGUAGCAAAAGUUGAAAAUAAAAUAGAAGAUGAAGGAUAUAAAGAAGUAAAAGCUGAUUCCAAUACUAAAAGAAAAAAUAGUAAAGUUAAUGAUACAACGAAAAAGCUGGAGAAGAAUGAGAAUAAAAGCCAAGAUCUAAUGCUAGAAAAUAAAGAAGAAAAACAAAAGAUUAUAAAAACUGAAGAAACACUGGUUGAGACUAAAGUAGUUUCUUUAGAAAUAAAAACAACAAAGCGGGGCAAGGUUGAUGAAAGUUCAAAAGACUCUAAUAAAAAUCUAGAAAUUUCUCCAAAACAUAUCUCACCUAAAAUUAAGCAUGAAGAUAAAAGAAGCGAGCACAUUGCAGAAAAUGCAAUAAGAAAAGAGGCGAACCAAAAUAAGCUGCAUUCUCAAAUGACUCGGCCUAUAGAUUCAUCUGAAUUGGAAGAAGUAAAAGAGCUUCAUUCAGAAGAAAUGACAUGCAAUGACACACAAAAAUCAUUAACCAAUGUCACUUCAAAUGACUAUAUAUCUAUUGACCCAUAUUCUCAAACUCAAAGCCCAACCCUUAAUACUGAUUUGCAGCACAUAAAAGAUGCUCUUCUUACUGAAGAAAAAGAAUCUUCAUUUGACAGAGAACUCAGAGAGCUCAAGAAAAUCCCAUCAAAUAAAACUAAACAAACCCCAGCACUGUCUUUGUACUCAGAUGGAAGCUCUAUUUUUUCAGAUAAGAGCUUAAAACUUACAUCUAGUGGAUUAGCAUCAGUGCAAAGUGCCAUAAAAUCAAAUGACCCUAUUUGAAGCCAAUCGCCAAAUGAUAGGAUAUUAAAUGAUGUGAUACUCAGGAAAAGUUUUUACGGGCCUAAUCAAGAAUUAAGAGGAAGUAAAAAUCCGAUUCUUCCACAUAUUCAACAAACCCCGAAUUUUAAUAAAAAGAGAAAUCAACAAAGCCAAGCAAUAUUUAAUAAUGGCCAGAUGCAAAGCACAACAGAUUCAAUAAACUUUUCAAGUGUCCCAGCAAAACUCAAAUCAAAGUCUUUAAAUCCAACAAUUGUCCAGGCACGAAGUCAAUAUACCAGCGAAGCAGCUGAUGCUAAUGUUGGCUCAGAUUCGCAUAGGACAAAGAAAUCAAGAACAAAAAAUAGUGAUGAGCUGGAUGACACCACAAACCCAAAAACUGCUUCACAGUCUAAAAAGUCAACUUCAUAUGGAAGAUAUAGGGUUUCAUAUGGUGUCCCACCUCAGACCAGCUCAAAUGCUAUGGUUUUUGAUAAAGGAAGUCCUUAUGAAUUUGAAAAAGGAAUGAAGAUGCUACAGAAUUUUUUUGGGGUGAAAGUUGAUAUUAUUGAUAAUAAUCAUAAAAAGAAAAUAAGAAUUACAAAACCUAAACUUCAAGAUAUCAAAUUGCCCUCUAUUAAAAGCAAAAAGGCUCCUAAAAGGGAAAAUUUUAUAUUCUAA